AUGCCACCCGACCGCUCCGCCUCAAAGACCAAACCAUUCAAACCCCAACGCCCCUCCACUGGCAGCACAUCCUCACGCGCCAAACCCGCCCCCGCCCCCUCCUCCUCUCGCACCACAGCCACGACAACCACCGAAACCCCCUCCUCACGCCCCAACCCCGAUGACAACGAUGAUGAAAACGCCCUCGCGCCCGAUGCGCCCACUGAGACCAUACCUCCGGCUCUUUUAACGACGCUGCUGACGGAGUUCUUUGCGGACGAGCGCACGAGGAUUAGUAGGGGCGCGGAUAAAGCGGUGGGGAAGUAUAUGGAAACCUUCGUGAGGGAGGCGAUUGCGAGGGCGGCGUAUGAGAGGGGAGGGGAUGGGAAGGGAGAUGGGUUUUUGGAGGUUGAGGAUUUGGAGAAGUUAGCGCCGCAGCUGGUACUUGAUUUUUGA